AUGCAUGUGGUAUAUCAGAAACACGUCAAAGAACGGGAAGAACUGGAGCAACUCGAGACUGAACGUCAAGAACUUAAAAAAGCGAUGAAAGACAGUGUGGAGUUGAAGGAUUCCCUUGCAAGUGUCUCUCAUCUUCUUGAGGAAAUGAAAGUCUCAAGAGAGAGAACGAAUUCUGAAUGUAUUCAGUUACUUCAAGAGAAAGAGGCUCUUUCUUCAUCAGAACGAAGGCUUUUGGCUGAAAGGGAGGAACUUGUAAAUGAAAAUAAGGCAGUUGCUGAAAAGCUUGCGAAGGCCGCAGCGGAUGCCAUACUUGCUGAGAAAGUUUUUACUGAGAAAAUAAACAAACUCAACUUAGAGAAGGAAUCUCUUCUCCAUAAGUCGAUGGAAUUUGAAAAACACAAUGAAGCUCUUCUUCAAGAGAAGAAUGAAUUGGAGAGCAAAUACUCAGAGCUUCUUGAUGAAAACAAGUCUUCUGCAAAUGCAAUUUCUGAUAUGGAGAGAGAACAUGAACUGGAUGUCUCAGCCAAGAGAACUCUGGCCCAAGAGAAUACUAUGCUCCAAGAUUCCAUUGAAGCCCUCAAGGAAGAACUAAGUAAGAAGACUCUAGAAAAUCAAGAGCUAAUAGCCUGUAAAUGUGACCUUUCAGAUCUUCUGAAAGAGGCCCAGGAUGCCAAAAGAACAUUAGAAAACGAACUGGCUGCUGUGUCCCAUGCCAAGCAGGUCCUGUCAUCUUCGUUCAAGACUUGUUCCUCCGACAGGGAAACACUGACCAGAGAGAGGACUGAAUUGCAAGAGAAGUGUCAGAAAUUAAGUGGAGAGGUUGAGAUUAUGAAAGAAAACUUAACCGUAGAAAAGGAAGCUAGAAAACUGGACAAGGAGUCAUUUUUGUUGGAACGUAUGGAACUUCAAAAUACCAUCAGCUUCUUAGAGAAGGAGAUAGAAGAGCUGGGAGAGAACAAUAAAGAGUUGCUGACUGAGAAAGAACUCUUAGUUCAGGGGAAAGAAAAAUCUGAAACUGAACUGGCGAAAAUCAUGGAAGAAAAAGAAACCCUCUGUGCAGAGACGGAGCGGCUCGCUUCCAGUGUUGAGCGACUGAAGAGUGACUUUGCUUCCUUGUCUAAAUCAAAAGCAGAGCUCCAGGACUUGCACAGCGGCGUCUCCGAGAGCCUAGACGACCUUCAGCGCAGGCAUAAGGUGACGGAGCAGGAGCAAAUACGGUUGCUUCAGGAGAACGACAGACUGCUUGCUGAACAGAAGAGUCUAAUCAUCAUGAAGGACGAAAUACUGAAAGAAAAGGAGAAGAUCUCCAAGGAUUGUUAUAAACUGCAUGAGGAAGUCGCACUUUUAGAACAGAUGAAUAGUGACCUCUCGGGCAAAUUGCUGGUGUCUCAGGUCAAAAACCAGAUGCUGCAGGAGGAGAUGAACAGUCUGGCUUUGAAACUGAAAGAAAUGGAGACUCUCCAGGCCCAAACAGUAGCGCAGAAAAUUGAGGUAUUGAAACACAUAGUUCAGCAGUCCAGUACGGUUAUACUAAUCCUGAGCACUAACCCCGUGGUUUCCUCUCUGCACUUCGUUGCACAGUCAGCACUUCAUCUCAGUAUAAACAGGCUGGAAUUACGGUCUCUCAAUAUAUUACUUUGA